UUGGGUCGACUUUCUGAUAAUCUCCUCCUCUCACAUAGUUCGACUCAUCCCCUUCCUCUCUCUCAAUCAAAAUGUCGAAACCCACCAUUGCUUUUCUUCUCUCACUUCUCUACGUAUUCAUCUACUCAACAUCGGAGGCUGCAACUUACAAUGUAGCCAGCUUUGGAGCCAAAGCCGAUGGCAAAACUGACUCAACUCCUGCAUUCCUCAAAGCAUGGGCUGGGGCUUGCGGUUCGGUCAGUUCCGCCAUGAUCUAUGUCCAACCGGGGAGAUACUUACUCAAUCAUGCAGUGUUCAGCGGCCAAUGCAAGAACAACGACAUCACAAUACGUUUGGACGGGACACUCGUAGCCCCCUCCGACUACCGUGUCCUUGGUAGCUCCGGUUACUGGCUUUCCUUCCGGGGCGUCAAUGGUGUUUCAAUCUACGGAGGGACCCUUGAUGGGCAAGGAUCUGCCCUGUGGGCUUGCAAGGCUGCCGGGAAGAGUUGCCCGAUCGGAGCUAGGUCUCUGACCUUUACAAACUCGAAGAACAUUAUGAUCAAUGGAUUAUCAUCGAUAAAUAGUCAGUUAUUCCACAUUGUUAUAGACGCUUGCCAGAAUGUCAUUGUGCGAGGCGUGAAGAUCUCAGCCUCAGGGAACAGUCCGAACACCGACGGAAUUCAUGUAGAAUCAUCAUCGACCGUCACGAUCCUGAGCUCUAACAUCAAGACCGGCGACGACUGCAUCUCCAUUGGCCCUGGUACUACCGACUUGUGGAUAGAAAACAUCGCAUGUGGACCAGGGCAUGGCAUCAGCAUUGGAAGCCUUGGCAAGGAGCUCAAAGAAGCAGGCGUCCAGAACGUGACAGUCAAAACUGUGACAUUGUCUGGUACUGAAAAUGGGCUGAGGAUUAAAACAUGGGCAAGGCCCAGUAAUGGAUUCGUAAGAGGGGUCCUUUUUGAAGACGCCAUUAUGAAGAAUGUGCAAAACCCCAUCAUAAUCGACCAAAAUUACUGCCCUCAUGGUGAAAAUUGCCCACAUCAGGUGUCAGGCAUAAAAAUCAGUGAGGUGACAUACAAGAACAUCCAAGGAACAUCAACAACACAAGUAGCUGUGAAAUUCAACUGCAGCCCAAAGAACCCAUGUACAGGGAUCACGAUGGAAGAUGUAAGGCUCACCUAUGUAAAUCAAGCUGCCAAAUCAUCUUGUAACAAUGCAGGAGGAAAAGCUUCUGGUGUCGUUGAACCAACAAGCUGUCUAUAG